CUCAACACAGACAUACACGUACACAUACAAGCCUAUUGUUCCACUGUUUUCUUUUCUUUUAGUUCUUGAAAUGGCGGGUUCCGAGGUUGUGCUGUUAGACACCUGGGUUAGCGUGUUUGGUAUGCGGGUCAGAAUUGCUUUUAUGGAAAAGGGUGUCCACUAUGAGCGCAGAGAAGAAGACUUGAUCAACAAAAGCCCAUUGCUCCUUCAGAUGAACCCGGUUCACAAGAAAAUCCCUGUUCUCAUCCACCAUGGAAAACCCAUCUGUGAAUCCAACAUCAUUGUUCAGUACAUCGAUGAGACAUGGCAGAACAAGUCUCCACCAUUGUUGCCCUCUGAUCCUUAUCUCAGAGCUCAGGCUAGGUUCUGGGCUGACUACAUCGAUAAGAAGAUAUAUGAUGCUGGGAGGAAGAUAUGGAGUACAAAAUUAGGAGAAGAGCAAGAAAAAGCGAAGAAGGAAUUCAUGGAUUGCAUGAAGGUGUUGGAAGGGCAGCUUGGGGAGAAGCCAUAUUUUAUGGGGGAGAGCUUCGGGUAUGUGGAUAUUGCACUGGUGCCUUUCUACUGCUGGUUUUAUGCUUGGGAGAAGUUUGGGAAUAUAAGUAUAGAGAAAGAGUGUCCAAAGCUGGUUGCAUGGGCUAAAAGGUGCAUGGAAAGAGAGAGUGUUUCCAAGACUCUUCCUGAUCCUCACAAGGUUUACGAGUUUGGCUUGGAGUUGCAGAAAAAACUUGGAAUAAAUUAAUUAAUACACUUAGUUGUGUUAUAUGGUAUGAUGAUUAUGUAAUUUUCAUUGAAGUAUUGUCGGACUGCGCGAAAUAAAUCUUACCUUAAUAAACAAAAAUAAU